AUGCAUGGCAAAAUAGUGCCUAAUGUUAGACUUUUACCACUCCAGCCUCCAAAAAAGUCGAAGCGUAAGGCUGCUAAAGAAACUUCACUAGACCUCAGGUAUUCUAUCUUAGAUCAGUACGACAUAGCGAGACAUAUACAAAACUAUCAUGUGGACCUGAAAAAACUUGAAAAAGUCGAUAAACUUUCAGUGCUUCUCGAAAACUUGAUCAGACAAGCAAACGAGUCAGUAACCAUUGCUCUCACACAACGAAGGGCACGAAGAAAGUUGUCGCAAAUUAAUGAGACCCUCUACAAAACUAGUAGCCACCUACUCAACUUCAGACGAAUGCAGAAGCAAGUAUUGCAAAAGAUGAAUCUUAUGCUGUUGCCUACAAGCAGACAUAAGCUUACUAUGUCUCUAAGGCGUCAUCAAAAACAUCUACACAACCAUGCUGUGAUGGCGAUCUCAAAUUUGUUUACAGUUCUAGUGGACUUUACUCCCCGAUGUGGAAGUCUGAUGAGAAUUUGGGAUGGAUUGGGAACAUUUGUUUGCAACGGGAUUGCUGCACCAGCGCAAGGGUUAUGGGUAGCCACAAUGUUUUGUGCUCUCGGAUCUGCAGCAAUCUAUCACGCCUUCUUCAACACUGCAAGAUUUUGGAAGGAUGCAAUGCAUGAUGAAUACGCAAAACGACGCUUAGAGAAGGUAAAGUAUGUACAGAAAGCUCUGAAACUAGAAAGGCUGAGCCAUUCAAGUUCAAGUAGUGAAACCACCAAACGCGCAGAUUCCUACAGUAAACCAACGAGUAGACCGAGCACAAGCGUCACCACGAAGAGCGCGUCAAGAUCCCCAAAAGGUCAUUAUGAUGCCGCUACAGUGGAAGCUAAGCAGUCGCUGAUUCCAAAAUCUAAGGAUAAAUCGCGAGAAAAGGAAGAUAUCGAAGAAGGAAAAGAAGACAACGAAGAAGGAAAGAAAGCUACCGCGAACCCACUCUCAACAAAUUCGAAAGAGCGAACAAUCAAUGCGAGUGCUCCUGCGAAAAGCUCAGAAGAGCCAACACAAUCAAAAGAAAUGCCAACAAAUGCUGCAGUCCGGGUCUCUGCCGAAAAUGCCGCAAAAAGUCAAUCGAGUAAUUCCCAAACAGAUUUGAGAAAGUCUAAGGAAGAAGUAAGAAGCCGUGAAUCAAUAGAACAACCUGAGAAAAAGAAAACUUUGAACAGUAGUAAGAAAUCGCUUCAAACAGGAAUACCCGCAUUUGAGAAGGUUGCCGUUCGAACUUCAAAAGAACAAGUGUCAAGCAAAAAUUCAAAGGAGAGAGUAGGAAGCGAAAGCAAGUCCAAGGAAUUUCUAGAUCAAGGAAAAGCAGGCAAUGGUAGUCAUAUCGUUUUUUCCCAACUUCACCAAACCUGA